CCUAACGGGACAGACGUAAACGUUAUCCUGCCGCAUCUUGUCUCCUGUUUUACAGGUCAUUUCACAGGUCCAAUGGCAGCCAUGGUGAAGUUUGAGCCGCUUGAGAGCAAUAUUUAUCCAGAAAUGGAACACUCUCACUCAUUCUUCUUCAGUUGCCCAACUCAUAAAAUACUCAAUGAGGAAAUCACCUGCACCAAACCUGGAACAAUAUGGAGAGCUCUUGAAACUAAUUACACAUUCAAGGAGUUAAAUGAAAUGGACAGUAAGACACCGAAAGGGAAAGACAUUGUCAUCAAGAGUUGUAAGGGGUACAUAGUGAAGCACUUUCCAUGUUGGCUGAUCAAAGAGGAUGACCUUCUCACUAUUGAGAUGGUCACACAUGUCACAGAUGAACCUGCAGGGGUCACGGAUCAGGAAACAGACAAUUAUGUCACUUUCUCUGUUGAGACGACGGGAGGGAAAAACAGCAAAUCAAAACAAAUACUUGGAAACAAACAACUGGAGUCCUACGGACCUCUAUGUGUCUAUGCAAAAGAGAAGGAGGAAGUGAAGAAGGCUCUACGAAAUGAUGGACGCUUCUCAAACAUUGUGUUUGAACAGAAAUGCCAGCUCUCUGAGCGAAUAAAAGGAAGCAAGGUUUCAAUGGGGCAGAUUGCAAAAAAACUUAAUGGUAGACAGUUUGAAAUCUGUCUGACAAAACAUAAGGAGAAAACGGCAAUUAAGAUGGAAACAUCUGACUCCACAAUAAAAACUAAAAACAUUGUAACCACGCAAACAUCUCUGUUCAACCCAAGCCCUGACUCAGAAGGAGACGGCACACAGAUGUCUCCAUCGACGCUAACAACUGAAACAUCAGAUGUAGGGGAGUCCUCUUCGAGAAGAAAGCAGAAACGAAAAUGCAUUCCCGUGCCAAAACAUGGUGAAAUAUUGACGAUCCUUCGCAACCAGUUUGAUGAUCUGGUGAAACAGAUGGAAAGUAGGAGGGAGGACAGCCAACAGAAGACAUUUCCUGAAGAGUUGGAUCUCAUGAAGCAGGAAUUCGGGAAAAUCAGACAAAAGUUCUCUGAGGUUCACAGAGUGAAGAAAUUGAUUAAACUUGGUGCCUCCGUUUGUCAGGUGAUUGUUGAAAGUGUUCAGGGUGUUCUGGGGACAGGCUUCGUGCUGUUUGACAACUACAUCCUAACAAAUGCACAUUUGUUUGGUGAAAAUGUAAGAAAAAACAUGCAGUUGUUAGUCAAUGUAUCUGUGAAGUUCAACUAUGAAAAUCCAAAUGGAUCCGAUGUGAACGUAUUCAAAGCAAAAACCCUGCUGAUCGACUUUCAAUAUGAAAAUAAGGGAAAACAUUAUAUCGACUAUGCCAUACUGGAGAUGGAUCCUCAGAAUAAGAAGCAACAGAAAAUGGUUCCUCCUGGUCUCCUCCGUGAAUAUGGCCCAGUCCCAGCAUGCGGUGGGGCCUGCCUCAUUGGACACCCAGGUGAACUGGUGAAACAAAUGGAACCCACCUCCAUCAUUGGCAGUGAGAUAAGAGAGGAGGCUGCGAAUAAAUAUAAACGGGAAAAGGGACAUGCAAUCUUCACAAUAAACGAUGCCCUUGAAAAACAGAAAAAGCGUUACGAGGAAGUGACGCAGGAGAACAAGGACGACUUUGUGACCUACAACACCUCCUUCUUCCAUGGAUCUUCUGGCUCGCCAGUCUUCGAUGACCUUGGUCGAGUGUUUGGCAUACAUACUGGUGGCUUUGAAUAUGAGGAUAAGCACACUCAGAGCAAACAGAGUGUGUUAGAGUACGCCCUCCCUCUGUUCACCAUAUUACGGAACUUUGUCAUCCGUUUGGAGGAGGACAACAAUCAGGCAGUUUUGACAAGAGUUAAGGAAGAGGCACAGAAAAACCUCUUCCUGUUUGAUGCUCUUUUCAAGACUAAUGGUGAGGAGCCUAUGGAUAUGUCGUAGGAGAUUGUUGCAAAUACAGCUAAUUCAAUGUCACCCAGUGGCUGUCCUGGGAACAACACAACAAUGCCACCCAGUAGUUGUCCUGGGAACAACACAACAAUGCCACCCAGUGGCUGUCCUGGGAACAACACAACAAUGCCACCCAGUGGCUGUCCUGGGAACAACACAACAAUGCCACCCAGUGGUUGUCCUGGGAACAACACAACAAUGCCACCCAGUAGUUGUCCUGGGAACAACACAACAAUGCCACCCAGUGGUUGUCCUGGGAACAACACAACAAUGCCACCCAGUGGCUGUCCUGGGAACAACACAACAAUGGCACCCAGUAGUUGUCCUGGGAACAACACAACAAUGCCACCCAGUGGUUGUCCUGGGAACAACACAACAACGCCACCCAGUGGCUGUCCUGGGAACAACACAACAAUGCCACCCAGUGGUUGUCCUGGGAACAACACAACAACGCCACCCAGUGGCUGUCCUGGGAACAACACAACAAUGCCACCCAGUGGUUGUCCUGGGAACAACACAACAACGCCACCCAGUGGCUGUCCUGGGAACAACACAACAAUGCCACCCAGUGGUUGUCCUGGGAACAACACAACAACGCCACCCAGUGGCUGUUUGUUUUAUCUCAUGCACCUUUGUUUUCUGUAAUUCUCAUCACUGGUUCCUUAUGAUGUAUUCUGCAUUUCUAUGAAGCAUGGUUUCUUUUGAAAAAGAUACUUUGGUCUCAGUGGGCCUUCUCUGCAAAAAUAAACAUUUCAUAGAUUAAGACAUCUACCUAGAUCAGAUUGCAACUAUCUAAAUAUUGUUUUAUUGUGUUCUACAUUUUGAUUACUUGUCUUUUCUUUAACUUGUUGAAUAGAGUAAUGUGGAAUAGAAUCAUGUUGAAUAGAAUCAUGUUGAAUAGAGUGAAUAGAAUCAUGUUGAAUAGAAUCAUGUUGAAUAGAGUGAAUAGAAUCAUGUUGAAUAGAGUGAAUAGAAUCAUGUUGAAUAGAGUGAAUAGAAUCAUGUUGAAUAGAGUGAAUAGAAUCAUGUUGAAUAGAAUCAUGUUGAAUAGAGUGAAUAGAAUCAUGUUGAAUAGAAUCAUGUUGAAUAGAGUGAAUAGAAUCAUGUUGAAUAGAAUCAUGUUGAAUAGAAUCAUGUUGAAUAGAGUGAAUAGAAUCAUGUUGAAUAGAAUCAUGUUGAAUAGAGUCAUGUUGAAUAGAAUCAUGUUGAAUAGAGUGAAUAGAAUCAUGUUGAAUAGAGUGAAUAGAAUCAUGUUGAAUAUAGUGAAUAGUCAUGUUGAAUAGAGUGAAUAGAGUCAUGUUGAAUAGAGUCAUGUUGAAUAGAAUCAUGUUGAAUAGAGUCAUGUUGAAUAGAGUCAUGUUGAAUAGAAUCAUGUUGAAUAGAAUCAUGUUGAAUGUGUUGAAUAGAAUCAUGUUGAAUAGAAUCAUGUUGAAUAGAGUCAUGUUGAAUAGAAUCAUGUUGAAUAGAAUCAUGUUGAAUGUGUUGAAUAGAAUCAUGUUGAAUAGAGUGAAUAGUCAUGUUGAAUAGAAUCAUGUUGAAUAGAGUGAAUAGUCAUGUUGAAUAGAAUCAUGUUGAAUAGAGUCAUGUUGAAUAGAGUCAUGUUGAAUAGAAUCAUGUUGAAUAGAGUGAAUAGAAUCAUGUUGAAUAGAAUCAUGUUGAAUAGAAUCAUGUUGAAUAGAAUCAUGUUGAAUAGAAUCAUGUUGAAUGUGUUGAAUAGAAUCAUGUUGAAUAGAGUGAAUAGAAUCAUGUUGAAUAGAAUCAUGUUGAAUGUGUUGAAUAGAAUCAUGUUGAAUAGAGUGAAUAGAAUCAUGUUGAAUAGAAUCAUGUUGAAUAGAGUGAAUAGAGUCAUGUUGAAUAGAGUCAUGUUGAAUAGAAUCAUGUUGAAUAGAGUGAAUAGAAUCAUGUUGAAUAGAAUCAUGUUGAAUGUGUUGAAUAGAAUCAUGUUGAAUAGAAUCAUGUGGAAUAGAAUCAUGUUGAAUAGAGUGAAUAGUCAUGUUGAAUAGAAUCAUGUGGAAUAGAAUCAUGUUGAAUAGAGUGAAUAGUCAUGUUGAAUAGAAUCAUGUUGAAUAGAGUGAAAAGUCAUGUUGAAUAGAAUCAUGUUGAAUAGAAUCAUGUUGAAUGUGUUGAAUAGAAUCAUGUUGAAUAGAGUGAAUAGUCAUGUUGAAUAGAAUCAUGUUGAAUAGAAUCAUGUUGAAUAGAAUCAUGUUGAAUAGAAUCAUGUUGAAUAGAAUCAUAUUGAAUAGAAUCAUGUUGAAUAGAAUCAUGUUGAAUAGAGUCAUGUUGAAUAGAGUGAAUAGUCAUGUUGAAUAGAAUCAUGUUGAAUAGAGUGAAAAGUCAUGUUGAAUAGAUUCAUGUUGAAUAGAGUCAUGUGGAAUAGAGUCAUGUUGAAUAGAGUCAUGUGGAAUAGAAUCAUGUUGAAUAGAGUCAUGUUGAAUAGAGUCAUGUGGAAUAGAAUCAUGUUGAAUAGAGUCAUGUGGAAUAGAAUCAUGUUGAAUAGAGUGAAUAGAAUCAUGUGGAAUAUGUUGAAUAGAGUCACUACUCUUGUUCUCUUCUGAGACGGUGACUUCCCAGUGACUUCAGGUCCUUUGUAGCUCAGUUGGUAGAGGAUGGUUCGAUGCCUGGGACCACCCAAACUUACAAAACAAUAUUUUAUGCACGCAUGACUGUAAGUCUCUUUGGAUAAAAGCGUCUGCUAAAUGGUAUAUUAUAUUAUAUUACUUCAUGGAUCCAUCGUUUUGCUUUCUUGGUUUGACAUGUAAAGGUUAAUCAUGAGUACAAUGUGGUCACUGUGAUUACAUUGGAAUACUGUAUGUAUCAUUUAGACAUUGUUACAACUCAUGAAAUGAAAACAAUCAUGCAUAAAACUAGUGACAGACUGACUAAUCAAUAAAUGUGUUGACAAUUA